AUGUGCUCGCCUGACCUCUUUCUAGGGCUGCUGGCCGUCCUGUUUCCCCCAGUUGCAGUGUGGAUAAAGGUUGGAAUAUGCUCCGCAGAUUCAAUCAUCAAUAUCGCUUUAUGCUGCCUGGGCUAUGUGCCCGGCCUCCUGCACGCGUGGUAUAUUAUUCUGAAAUACCCAGAGCCCGAUGACGAGUAUCCAGACGGCUACCAGCCCAUUGUUGGAUCGGGCACCCAUCACGACCCUGAAAACGGGAGGGUGACCUACUACUAUGUCGCUCACCACCAAGCUCCUCAAAACAACCGCUCUCCUCAACGAUCUUACGGAGCCACUCAACAACAGCCGCCUGAAGUGCCCAAUUCAUCCACAAAGCCAGCGCCAGCAGUACCGCCACGCCAUCCUUCCCAACAUAAUGAUUCCGGCGCGAGAGAGGGCGCUGAACAAGGUAGCAGCUCUAGACCACAUGACGAAACAAGGGCUCCCCCAACCUACGCUGAAGCAGUGAAGGGCGAUCAUAAGGUUCAAACCUAA